AUGGCGUCUACGCAGUAUCGCAACUCGUACUACAACAACAACAACAGCACCAACAACUACCUGUCCACCGAGAAAUACGAGGACAGCCACAACAACUCGUCGGGCGCUCGCCGCAACCAACGUAUCAGGAGCAGCGACGGCACCGUGAGCACCACCAUGAGCUCCUCCACCGGCCGCGAGUCGGCCGCUACUCACCUCACCGAGGGCCCCGCCUACUCCAAGAAGAUUGUCGUCGUCGGCGACGGUGGCUGCGGCAAAACAUGCCUGCUCAUCAGCUACAGCCAAGGCUACUUCCCGGAGUGGUACCCUGAAGUCCUCCACUUCUGCCCCUACACACCCCUCGUGCUGGUUGCUCUCAAGUCCGACCUCCGCUUUAAGAGGACAUGUAUCGAUAUGCUCAAGACCCAGGGCCUUACUCCCGUCACAACCGAACAGGGUCAGACCGUCGCCAAGAAGAUGAAUGCUCAAUAUGCCGAGUGCAGCAGUAAAGAGAUGACGGGCGUUGACGAGAUUUUUGAGAGGGCUAUUCUCACCGUUGUCGCAAACGACCGGAAAAACAUCGAGGCCCAGAUGGCCACUGGUGUGUCGUCGUCAUCAAAUGGCGGCCGCGCCAGUGCGGGAGGCGGAAGCGGUAACAUCCCUGGUGUGGGCAUGCCGAAGAAGAAGAAGAGGAGCUGCAAGCUGCUGUAA